AUGGAGACUAUCAAGAACACCGUCAACCACCUUAUGAGCGGUAACAACCAAAACUCAUCAGAGGAGCACAGCAGCCACCACCACCUCCCCGGGCACCACAAGCAGCACGACGACCAGACCGCCGCGAGCACAACUACCCCUAGCAGCCACGAGAGCGGCCACGGGACCAGCCAUGGAACCGGCGACGAGAAUCCCUCUCCCGCCGAAGCCGUCCCAUCUAAGCCCACCUCGGCCGGCAACAGCGGCAACAACGAUCAACAAGCCCAGCCGCCCACCGAUGGCGGUGACCGAGUCCAGUCCCCCGACCAGGGAGCCGACCCGGCCUUAGUCGGCGAGCCCAAUCCGACCGAAAAACUCAGCGGGACCGCCGCCCCAGGCAGCCAUAGUGCCCUGUUUGGCCUGACUCCCGAUGGGAAGAAAAACGCCGAAGCCUCAAAAGGCAGCGGCGCCCCGCAGCCCGCUCACAGCACGGAUACCGCCGUUGGUGGCGGCAAGCCCGCCGAAGAAGGCGAUACCAGCUCCCGCGCACCCACGGGCAACGCGCAGGUCAGCGAGCAGUUGCAAAAGACUGAAGCGAGUCCCGGUGAGAAGGGCGGCCAGAGGAAGGAUCCAGUGCCGUUGCCUGCCGAAGACGGCACGAAGCCGGGUGCUGGUGCUACCGGGUUGCAGCAGGGUGGUGGCGAUCUUUGA